GUCAGAGUGUCCUUUAGAGGGAUAGAAUCUAGCCGCUACCGUUCUUUAACUGACAGAACACGGAUAUAAAAUUAUCAGCAAAUUUUACAGUUCAAAGAUUUAUUACAAAGCUAUAAGGAUCAAGUUUCCAGGGCUGUGGAUCUAUCAGAGAUACCUCUUGCAUCUUUCUUGGACGAAUUACAGAGAGGAAAUGGCUAUACAUGAAGUGUGUUAUUUGCAACCAUCUUAUUAUAAAGUUCUAAGUGAAGAUAGAUCGGAACGUUUGAAUGCUGGAAUGAGCUUUCAGACACAAUAUUCCAGUGAGUUGCUUUUACAGAUUGCAGAACAAUUGGAUAGUGGAGAAAAAGAAGAGAUACUGUAUUUAUGCUGCGAUUAUUCCAGUGUAAAUAAUGUGCGUGACUUGUUUGAUGAGCUCAAAGAGAACAACCUGUUACAACCCAUUGGUCUAGUAGAAUUGCUGUAUCACGUGAAACGUUUUGAUCUCCUCAAAAGAUAUCUACAUUUGUCAAGACGGGAUGCAGAACUGUUUCUAAAUACCAAUGACCAGAUUGUUACAAAGUACAGAGUGCUCAUGGUAGAAAUUAAUGGACAGCUGGAAGAGUCUGAUUUUGAUUCCCUGUGUUUUUUGCUGAAAAAUAAGGUGACAAAUGUGGGAAAGCUACAGAACAAGACAUUCCUGUCUCUAGUAACUGAACUAGAAAAAAGGAACUUGCUUGGACCAGACAAAGUAGAUUUAUUAGAGGGAUGUCUGCAAACUAUUCAGAGAAUGGAUUUAAAAAGCAAACUCCUCAAAUACAAACAAGCAGAUCAGAAAGCAUUCAGUAGUCAUUACAUAAAUGCAAUUGAGGCAUCACCCUCGCCCCAAAGAGCGUUCCAUCACCCAGCUCCAAUUACGAGGCAAAUGAAUGAGAAUCAUGAUUAUAAAGGUACAGUUCCAGUGCAAGAGUCUGGGGCUUCCUGUUUGGGAACUGGAGACAGAUAUGUUUUCACACAUAAUCCUGCUGGCGUUUGCCUUAUCUUUGACUGUGUUGGAAAUGAUGCAGAUUUGCUUGAAAAAACCUUUACAUCUAUGAGUUUCAAUGUCAUGCGUUUUAUGUACGUUACCAUAAGUGACCUGGAUACCACUCUCAUGAAAGUGUCAAAAAUGGAAGAGCUCAAAUCAUAUGACUUGCUUGUGUGUUUCUUGAUUAGCCGUGGAAGCUCAGAUUCUGUGUUCUGCAUUGAUGAAGGUGUCCCUGGAUACUCUUUUGACAAGGUGAAGACAUUUUUCACUGGUCAUUCAUGUCCAUCUUUGGUUGGAAAACCAAAGCUUUUCUUUAUCCAGAACUAUCUUGUAAAAGAGAAUAUGGAGGCUGGUAAUGAUGAUCUGAUAGUAGAGGAUGGACCUUCUACUCGAAACCCAAUCAGUGCAGACAGAAUAUAUGUCUUUCCAAAAAUCCCUAAUGAAGCAGAUAUCUUCUGGAGCCUAUGUAAAGUGGAUGAAAAUGAGCUGCAGAGGAGGCCUUCUUCUCCUUCUCCCUAUCUGCAAAACCUUAUACAGCUGAUAGGUGACAGAAGAACAAGAGAACAAUGUCACUUGCUGGAUAUUCAUACAGAAUUGAACAGAAUUAUCUACAGUAAAAGACAAGGACAUUCAUUACAACUGCAACAUACACUGAUAAAAAAGCUCUUCCUGCCUUGAAGAGGCAUACAAUUCAAUAUAUUGUAUAUCCGUGUAAUGUAUUUAUUCAUAAGCACCGCAAACAGUCUUCAUUCUAAACUUCUGUAAGUAGUGAUAAUAAAUUCCAUUUUUACAACUAUGACUUCAUGCAUUGUCACAUAUUAUAAUUAUUAGUAUCAGUUAUUUGUAAAGCACAGAUUCUGCAGCACUUAUAUAUGCUAACUGAUUGAAUACAAAAUAAAUGUUUUAAAAUAAUUAAAAA